AUGUCCUUGGGCCUGAUGUCGAAUCAGCAGAGUUUUCCACAACACCAGCAGCAGCAGCAGCAGCAACAACAUCCGCUGCUGUCAGCCAUUUCGGGAAAUAAUUAUGAUCAAACGCAGCGCGUGCAUUACUAUCCCAACCACUAUUACCCCAGCAACUACUUUCCGAACCAUUACCACAUCGGCCAACACGGCAUCCAUGGGCACCAGGGUCUGGGCCAGCUGGGACAACUGGGCCAGCAGGGACGACCGUCGCUUUUGGCGGCUGCCAGCAACCACAACGGUGCUUAUACGGCCAUGUCGGGAGGCAGUGGACACUCUGGCUACGGCGCCAUCGAGCCGUCCAUUGAGUACGAGCUGCAGCAUGACCCGCCCACGGGCAGCUUCUCCUCCUACCAUCCCAGUGCCGGCAGUGCGCCCGCAUAUCCGCCACCGCACCACCAUCAACCGCCACCGCAUCCGCAUCCGCCUCCACAGCCGGCGCCGUCCAAGUCGUCAAAGAAAUCGAAGAAGAGCACCGGCUCCGUGAUGAACGCCCUGACGCUGCUCUCGUUCUUCUUCUUCGUGAACAUGCUGCAGAACUGCCUGAAGGAUCACAUAGCGGACAUGAAUCCCACUGUGAUGGUGCUCACCGCCAGCGGCACUCGCAACCGAUUCAACAAAUUAGCCGAGAUGAACUCACGCGAACAGACCUCCACCACGGCCACGGAAUCGGUGGCAGAGUCGGAGUCGCAGGCGGCGUCAUCUUGGAAUCAGGCUGCCUUAGUUCCGGCUGCUGAGUCCAGUGCGCCGCCACUGCCCUCCAUUGUUGUGCCCACGGUGGUACUGCAAUCGCCCUAUAGCGGGGUACCAGCUCCGACUAAUAAGCCCCACCAUCACCACCACCACCACCACCACCGACCGCACCCAGACCCUUACCAGAGCCACCACAUCAAUGAUGAUGAUUAUAAUUACGGGCAGAGAAGACCUCCGACUCUGCGUCCCCAUACCGCUGAUGAUUUCUAUCCUAAUCGCACACACAUCGACCAAUCCUCCCGGCCCGACUUUGAGUCGGAGCCCGGGUCCGAUUACUAUCAGCACCACUACAAUCCGUACUCGUAUACGGGCACGACGAACUCCCGCCACGGCAGUCGGCAUCCUUGGUCUUAUGGCCGGCAGCGUUACUCAUCCGCACCGUGGUCUUCAGCUUCGUUGGGCGCUCAGUCGGGCGUGAGCUCUUACUUGGAUAAUGCCCAGCGACGGCAAGGUGAUGAUGACGCUGGCAAUGGCCAUGGCUAUGGGUAUGGACAUGGGUAUGGCUAUGGGUAUGGGAAUGACGAUGAGGAUGACGACGACGAUGGUCAGCAGCGGCGACGCGACGAUGCUUUCUAUACUCGCACACGCAUUAAUUGA